AUGAUGUUCUUUCGCAAGGCUGGCACGGCCUUCUCCAGCCGCCGAGGCCCUCAAUCCUUCUCGACGAUUGCUCGCUUUGUCGUUGUCGUCGGCUUCGUCACCUUCGCCGCCACCGGCCUCCUCUUGACCCAAUACUCCCCCGACAAGGUCCGCAGCGUCGCCGCAAAGAUCCCGCAUCUGACGCUCAACCCAGACUCCGAAGCCCAGCAGGCCACCGCCGAGUACGACCGCCUCGUCUUCAACGUCUCCGACACAGACCUGCACCCCAUUGACCGCCUCAUCGCCGCCGCGCGCCAGGCCCACGACGCCCUUGUCGCGAAGCAAUCCUCUGAUGUCGCAACCGCCGCCGCCAAAUACCGCGAGCGCCGUGGCCGCCACCCGCCGCCCGGGUUUGAUAAAUGGAUGGAGUACGCCAAGAAACACGAUGCCAUUGUCGUCGAGGACUUUUUCGACCGCAUCUACCACGACCUGAACCCCUUUUGGGGCCUCGACCCCGACCAGCUGGCCGGCCGUGCCCAGUCCUGGCACCACGUGGUCCGCGUGCGCGGUGGCAAGGCCACGGGUGUUGGCGACGUCACUGGCCGCGUGCCCUGGCUGAAGCUGUGGACCGACCUGGUGGCCGAGGCCGCGCCCUUCUUGCCCGACGUCGACAUGCCGAUCAACUACAUGGACGAAUCGCGGCUGCUGGUGAAGUGGGAGGAGAUUACAGACCUGGUCAAGAAGGGCGAGGACGGCCGCGAGAUUGUUCCGCGCGAAAAGGCACUCCAGCAGUACCGCGGCCUUGCUUUCAUCGAUGCCAAGAAUGCCAACGAGACCAAUGCCUACGACCCGGACUGGAUCCACGAAAACUCCCCCCAGUACUGGGACUUGUCGCGCGCUGCCUGCCCGCCGAACAGCCCGAGCCGUAAUGUGCCGGCCCUCAAGGACUUCUCCCGCCCGCCUAGCUUGCCCUUUGACUGGCGGCCGGCCUACUCGUCGGAAGGAUAUGUCAAGAACUUUACGGGAUCCGCCGACCCGUGCACACAACCACACCUCCGCUCGCUGCACGGCACCUUUAUCGAGCCCCUCUCCAUCUCGACCUCGACCGAGCUCAUCCCCCUCUUUAGCGGCUGCAAGCUGCCCACCAACAACGACAUUCUCAUCCCUGGCGCCAUGUACCUGACGGACGAUCCGUUCUACUCGGGUGGCGACGGCCAUGGACCCCAGUGGUCCCAGAAGAAGACGGGCAUUGUCUGGCGCGGCGUCGCUUCCGGUGGCCGCAACAAGAAGGAGAACUGGUCCCACUUUCAGCGCCACCGCCUGCUGGAGAUGCUCAACGGCACCACGGUCACCGCCCUCGAGCACGACGGCGCCCGCGCCAUGACCUUUGAGAUGGCGCCCCUGCAAAUGUACAACUACCAGCGUCGCCAUGACAUGACCGUCGGCGAUUUCCUGUCCGAAUUCGCCGACGCCGGCUUCACCGACCUGCUGUGCUUCCCCUUUGGCGAGUGCGACUACGUCGCGCCCCACUUCCAGGCCCUGCCCAGCAAGCCCAUGGCCGAGCAGUAUGUCAACAAGUUUAUCCCCGACGCCGACGGCAACAGCUUCAGCGCCCGCUUCCGCGGCCUGCUGUUGUCGACCAGCCUGCCUCUCAAAGCCACCAUUUAUGCCGAGUGGCACGACGACCGCCUCGCCCCCUGGCUGCACUUUGCGCCCCUCGACAACACCUUCCAGGACCUGCACGCCGCCAUCGACUACUUUACCAGCAGCGCCAAGGGCGACGCCGCCGCUCGCAUGCUGGCCUCGGUCGGCAAGCGCUGGGGCGAAAAGGUCCUGCGCCGCGACGACAUGCUUCUCUACACCUGGCGCCUGCUGCUCGAGUUUGCGCGUGUCUGCGACGAGAACCGGCUGCUGCUAGGUUACACCGAAGACCUCACCCCGGCGGUACCGGCGAACCCAUAA